AUGAAGCUCCUGUUUGCAGCUGCUUUUGCACUGUUUGUGCUGUCUGCUUUUGACCGGGCAGACGCAUCUGCCUACGACAAAAUAGUGGCCCACAGCCGAAUCCGGGCAAAGAAAGAAGGACCUAAUGUGUGUGCUCUCCAGCAAGUCUUGGGAUCCAAGAAGAAAUACUUCAGCACUUGUCGUAAUUGGUACCAAGGCGCCAUCUGUGGAAAAAAAGCGACUGUCCUGUAUGAGUGUUGCCCUGGAUACAUGAAGAUGGAGGGCAUGCGUGGGUGCCCUGCAGUUGCUCCCAUUGACCACGUAUAUGGUACUCUUGGACUGGUCAUGGCGACGGUAACACAGGAAUACUCUGCCUUGUCGAAGCUGAGAGAAGAGAUAGAAGGAUCCGGAUCUUAUACCUUUUUUGCCCCUAGUAAUGAUGCCUGGGAUCUCCUGGAUCCGGAGGUGAGGAAUGCACUGGUGAGCAAUGUUAACAUUGAGUUGUACAAUGCUCUGCACUACCAUAUGGCCAACAGACGUCUCCUAACCAAAGACCUGAAGAACGGAGUGACCAUCAAAUCAAUGUACAAUGAUUUGGAGCUACUCAUCAACCAUUACUCCAAUGGGAUUGUCACAGUCAACUGUGCCAGGAUCAUACACGGUAACCAGGUAGCCACCAAUGGUGUUGUGCACGUUAUCGACCGGGUCAUCACUGCUGUGGGCAACACCAUUCAGGAUGUGAUUGAAGUCGAGGAUGAGCUCAGCUCUCUCAGUACUGCUGUUCUGGCCUCUGGUCUAAUGGAGAAGCUUGGGCAGCCAGGCCACUACACUCUGUUUGCCCCCACCAACAGAGCCUUUGAGAAGCUGGACAGGGAUGUUCUGGAAAGAAUUAUGAAUGACAAGGCAGUCCUCCAAGCCCUGCUGAAGUACCACCUGCUGGACUCUGUGCAGUGCUCUGAGGCCAUCAUGUCCGGAGCAUCCUACGAAACACUAGAAGGCCACAACAUCGAGAUUGGCUGCGAUGGAGACAGCCUGACUGUGAAUGGCAUUAAGAUGGUGUUGAGGAAAGACAUCGUGACCACCAACGGUGUCAUCCACCUCAUUGACCAAGUGCUUCUGCCUGACUCUGCUAAGCAGGUGAUGGAACUGAUUGGGCCAUCCCAGGCUACAUUCAAAGACAUGGUGUCCGAACUGGGCCUGGCUGAGGCAAUGAGCGCUGGUGUGGAGUACACACUUCUUGCCCCUAAUGAUGUAGUUUUCACUGAGGAAGUGAUGUCCAUGGACCAGAGCAUCCUCAGACUCAUCUUGGAGAACCACAUUCUGAAGGAGAAGAUCGUGCUGAGUCAGCUGUACAACGGCCAGCGUCUGGAGACUAUUGGAGGAAAGCUCCUCAGGGUUUUCAUCUAUCGCACGGCUGUUUGCAUUGAGAAUGCCUGUCUGGUCAGAGGCAGUAAGGAGGGCAGCAAUGGUGCCCUUCAUCUUCUGAAAAUGCUGAUCAAACCAGCAGAUUCCACCAUGUUCCAGUUACUCACAGAAAAUGGAAAUUUCAGGAUAUUUUUGUCACUGAUGGAGGCAGCAGGGUUGACUGACCUACUGAAACAGGAAGGAGACUUCACCCUUUUCGCGCCCACCAAUGACGCAUUUGCAGGCCUCAGUGAGAGAGACCUUUCAUUGCUGAAGAGUGACAUUAAUGCUCUCCGUGCCAUCCUCCUGUACCACUUCAGUAAUGGUGUGUUCAUUGGUGGUGGCUUGGAAACGGGAGUCACCAACCUUCUGAAGACUCUCCAGGGCAAUAAUCUCAGAGUUCUAUACGUUAACCAGAGCAUGCAGGUCAACACUGUUAAGGUUCCUGAGUCUGACAUCAUGGCCUCUAAUGGAGUGAUCCAUUUUGUCAGAACGCUUCUCUACCCUGAGGAGCUGCCUGUUGGAAGCCAGGAUCUGCUGGCGGUGCUUAGAAGGCUCAUCAGAUCCAUUCAAAUCAAGUAUGUGGCGGGAUACAGAUAUGAAGAAAUCCCUCUAACAUUCAUGAAGCGGAUCAUUACUCGUGUGAUUGAAGAAGCCCCUGAUGUUACCAAAAUCACUCGAGUCAUCCAAGGACAACCCAAAUUCACAAAGGUCACAAGGGUUAUUGAGGGUGAUCCGGAAAUCACAAAGGUUACCAGAGUUAUUGAAACUGACCCCCAGGUCACGAAAAUCACAAGAGUAAUCUCAGGUCCACAGUAUUCAGUUAGCAGUGGCUCCUCCACUGUGGACUUAGGCCCAGAGUACUCAGAGAUCUCCACCAUCGAGGGGAACACCCAGUUUAUUGACUCAGACUCUGAAAGAAUUACCAAAAUGAUUCAAGGAGGAAGACGAGUACCUGGCAGAAGAAUCCCAGCUGGAUACAGGAGAAGACAGUGA